CCUCCCCUGCUGGCGAUGGGGAAUGGACUCUCGGACCAGACGCCGAUCCUCUCCAGCCUGCCUUCCUUCCAGAGUUUCCACAUUGUCAUCUUGGGACUGGACUGCGCUGGAAAGACGACCGUGCUCUACAGACUGCAGUUUAACGAAUUCGUCAACACUGUUCCCACGAAAGGGUUUAAUACGGAGAAAAUCAAAGUGACGCUGGGCAACUCGAAGACGGUCACUUUCCACUUCUGGGAUGUAGGUGGCCAGGAGAAGCUGAGGCCCCUGUGGAAGUCGUACACGAGGUGCACCGAUGGUAUUGUCUUUGUGGUGGACUCCGUCGAUGUUGAGAGAAUGGAGGAGGCCAAAACAGAACUUCAUAAGAUUACGAGGAUAUCUGAAAAUCAAGGAGUGCCUGUCCUUAUCAUUGCUAACAAGCAGGACUUGAGGAACUCUCUCUCCCUGUCUGAAAUCGAGAAAAUGUUAGCAAUGAGUGAGCUGAGUUCUUCAACUCCCUGGCAUUUGCAGCCCACCUGUGCAAUCAUUGGCGAUGGACUCAAAGAGGGACUGGAGAAACUACAUGAUAUGAUAAUUAAGCGAAGGAAAAUGUUGAGGCAGCAGAAAAAGAAGAGAUGAGUUAUUCUAUUUUGACUCUUCUAUUUUAGAGUAGUUACAUGGUCAAAAUUUGACAUAAGACAGCUUCCAAACCCAGGCCUGCUUGUUUGGAUGCUGUUAAGCUUAGUUAUAUUAAUCAAUUGCACAGCCUUGCCAUGUGGAAAGCUGUGCAGUUAUGGAACUUUUUUUUUUUUUUCUAAACUAGUCUCUUCUGAGUUUUAUGGCUCUGCAUUAUUUCAGAAGCCCUAAUAGAUGAUGUAAUACUAUCAGGAAAUGGAUGGGUGGGUAUAUGUGAAAUGGAUAUUUAAAUAGCCAAAUAAAAUGAGAGGUUUCUGCUUAGUCUUGUAUUAAUAUGUUUGAGGGUGCCCUCUGCAAUCAGUUUGCAUCAAAGGUGUUCUGUGUUUUUAAACUUCUAAUGCUCGUAAAUGGAGUGUUUAGGUGAACGUUAUACAGCUUUAAAAACAUGUAUGAGGCUAGUAACCCAUUAUUUCAAGAGGCUAUUUUUUACCUUGUUUGGGGAUUUCCAUGGAAGCUUGGCUACAUGCAUAGUUUUUUUGUUUUUUUUUUUAAUUUGGCACUUUUUGAAGUUGACUUGUGCUCAGUUCAAAUACUUGAAAUUUGAGUGCUGUGAGUUCUUCAACCGAUAAAAGACUUUUUAACAGGUAAAAAAUGUAAACAACAGGUUGGAGCAUGAAGAAGU